AUGGGGGAGUUUAUGCUUAUGGCGUUUUUGUCCCUCGAUUUCCCUGGGGUUAACGCGCGUAGGCGCAGGUUCCCCGUCUGUGGCGGCUUCACCUACCCGCUCCACAUCGCCGUGCGGCUGAACUACGCCGCCGUGGUCGAGGGCCUCGUGAUCGCAGGGGCGGACCUUGACCUUCAGGACUCCGAGAAUCUCACGGCGAUGGCGCUGGCCUUCAAGCUGAACAGGUGUGGUUCCCACGACCGUCUGAUCGCCAUCCUCUCUGCCGCGAGCAUGGUGAGUGACACGUCGCCUCCUCCCCCUCCGCCUCCCCCUCCGCCACCCCCUCCUCCGUCUACGCCUCCCAAAAUUGCCUGGCACGACGCAUGA